AUGACGAGGGAAUGUUUGGCCCUGGUAUCUACUCUACACCAAAUUCUUCAAGUGAGUCUUGCCCAUAUUCUCCAGUCUUCCAUGCUAAUCAUUGAUACAGAAGCAGACGUCUAUGUAAAGAACCAUUAUGUCAGCUCAAACCUUCACGCUAUGCUCAUUUGCUAUGUCGUGGCAACUAAGCCUCAGCGCAAAUUGCUAGCAGACCACAGCAUCACCAGACCUUCACGUGGCUACAACUGUAUUGAGGGGGUGACUGUUGAUAACGGAGGGUCACUUCAAUAUCCAGAGUUUGUUGUCUAUCGACACGAUGCGAUUAUUCCAGUCGGGCUCAUCAUGUAUACUCGCAAGGGCUGGGAGCCCUUAUGA